AUUUCUCCUAGCCUAAUUUGUCAGUUUUAUUGAUUUUUAUUUCGCCACUAUAUAUUUAGGAAAAAAAAUCUUUCUUUGUCGUGCAGGAAACAUGUCCAACUCUGGCAUGCCUAGAGCAGCCUCAAAUGAUGAUAACGCCAUGGAGCUGCAACAGCUGAUAUUGCGUAGCUAUAAAUCGAUGAACGGAUUGGUCAACUUUUACAACGGACAAUUGCACGAUGAAUUGGAUGAUCUGAUGUUAUCCAUACAACAGGAGGAUCAACGUCAAACCCGCUGCACCAGCGAUCACAGUUCGCAGUUAACGGAAGCACUGGAUUUAAAAUGUCUGGCAGGUAUUAAUAAGCUCAGCCAGUACCUCAUGAUGCGACCCAGUUGCAGCAGUUUGGAUUUAAGUGACGGCCCAAAAUUCAGGGAGCUUUAAUGACAUUGAAAUACAUUAUUAUAAAUUUUAUUCCCAACGCAGUCAAUCAAAUUCACAAAUAAAGCGUAA